GUCAAUUCGCACGUGCGCGCCUCCCUUUUUAUAUUUUUGGUACGGAAAGAAAGAAAAACAUUAUCAAGAAUCAAAAGGCAUCGUCGAAGGUAUCCCAAAACAUUCGCAGUGAUUUCCCGCGCAGAUUCCGAACAUGCCUGAGAAUCCUCUGCAAGCUCUCUUUCAAACUGCCCAAAAAAUUUCGAUUUCCAUUCAAACCCAUCUCUCGAAUCUUCUUGCGCAGCCCCCCCACCAUUUACGGCCCAGCCUCAAACCUCUUUCCUCUCCGUCUUCAUCAUCCCAUGCAACUCCAUCGAAUACCGACACCGCUUACUUGCAAUCGAAUGACAUUUUCAAAAAGCCUGCUGCCCCUGUAACUAAGGAAGCGCUUGGAAGAGCUACCUGGACUUUUCUUCACAUCCUUGCUGCUCAGUACCCAGAUCACCCAACGAGGCAGCAGAAGAAGGAUGUAAAAGAAUUGAUGGCGAUAUUAUCUCGCAUGUAUCCCUGUGGAGAAUGUGCAGACCACUUCAAAGAAGUUCUGAGAGCAAACCCCGUAGAGACUGGAUCUCAUGCUGAGUUCUCCCGAUGGCUAUGCCGUGUACAUAAUGUUGUCAACAGAAGUCUUGGAAAACCAAUAUUCCCGUGCGAACGAGUUGAUGCAAGAUGGGGUAAAUUGGAGUGCGAGCAACGUGCCUGUGAUGUGCUGGGAAGCUUGCCAAAUUUUGGGGAAGAUGAUAGACGUUGAUACUAGCUACAACUAGCUUGUUGAGGUCUAUAUUUAAUUGUAAUUACAGUUGAAAAGAUGAUCGUACUAAUUCUUAUGCAAUGCUGCAACAACGAUGGUUUUAUGUGGCCAAAUCGAUGGAGGUUUCUAUUGCGUUCAUUGAUCAAUUGAUGUCUCUAUUUCAUAA